GGGGAAGGAGGGGUGGGGGUGGCCCACUUCAAUUAGAUGUUAGUUCCUUGUCAUCCUGUACGGUUCCACUUGCUGGUACCGAACACUUAAGCCCACUAAUGGUAAUGGGAAAAAUACAUAUAUUGAUGUAUUUAUUAUCCACAAUAGUGGACACCAACAUCUUCACUCGUGUAAUGUGAAGUGAGAUUCUGGCUGGUCAAUUAGCGAAUAGUUUUCUAUGUGCAAUGAGAAUGAAUUCACUUGCUUCAUUUGUUUAUUCAGGCUGUUUGUAUGGUCUAGCAAAGUAGCAAAUAGGUAGCAUGACUGAAAUUCAUGUAUUCUUAUCAUUGGUCACAUUUCCCAUGAAGUAACUUUUUAGAAAGCACAGAAUAUUUUACUUUUUCCUUUCACCCUUUAAUUGCAAUUUGUGCAGGGGGUUUUCAAGGUGAUGGAUUUUUACCGUAGUAUUUAUUGUGAUGUUGAAGUUCUGCCUGUUGUGGUUUGAUCAGAUUGACUCUAAUCCAAUGUUUAAUUCAUGGUCAUCAUUCAGAAUUUGUAUUGGAUUUUGUUUUAUGUUUUUGUUCCUACACUCCCUAUACUCAUCGGGGAAGGAACGAGGUGUCCGCUAAGUCGCUAACUAACAUGGAGUACAUUAAUAAAUUCUCAGUUUUAUUAACUUGUGUGUCAUUACUGUGUGCCUUCGUAUGUUACAUCAGCAUGGGCAGUAGAAGUUGCAGAGCGCACUGCUUCAAUGAUAGCAGGUUGGCAAGGUGUUGGGUUCACACAUGGAGUGAUGAAUACAGAUAACAUGAGUGUCUUGGGACUCACCAUUGAUUAUGGCCCUUUUGGUUUUCUGGAUGCCUUUGAUCCCAGUUUUACACCAAACACCACUGAUCUCCCAGGGAGAAGAUACUGUUUCGCUAAUCAGCCUGAUAUCGGGCUGUGGAAUAUUGCACAAUUUACAUCCACACUGUCUGCUGCCGAGUUGAUGAGCAAUAAGGAGGCAAAUUAUGUCAUGGAAAGAUAUGGAAUCAAAUUUAUGGAUGACUAUCAAGCAAUCAUGACCAAGAAACUUGGUCUGCCGAAGUAUAAUAAGCAGUUGAUAAGUGAUCUUCUAAACAACAUGUCUGUUGACAAAGUUGAUUACACAAAUUUCUUUCGGUUGCUGUCAAAUAUUAAAGCAGACCCUGCAAUUCCUGAACAGCAGUUAUUGAUUCCCUUGAAGGCUGUUCUGUUGGAUAUAGGUAAAGAGCGCAAAGUGGCAUGGACAAGUUGGGUACAGGCAUACAUACAAGAGCUCUCCAGCAGUGGAAUUUCAGAUGAGGAGAGGAAGAGCUCUAUGGAUUCUGUAAAUCCCAAGUAUAUCCUUCGAAACUAUUUGUGCCAAAGUGCCAUAGACACGGCUGAGCAGGGCGAUUUUACAGAGGUUCGCCAACUCCUAAAGGUUAUGGAGAAUCCAUAUGACGAGCAACCGGGAAUGGAGAAAUAUGCACGCUUGCCCCCAGCCUGGGCUUAUCGUCCUGGGGUCUGCAUGCUUUCAUGUUCUUCAUGAUUUACUCGCCUCCAUUCCCAAUUGAAGUUUUUUUUUUGGUACCAAUAGCAAAUCUAUAUUCUUUUUAUUUGACAGUAGCAAAUCAAUAUUCUGUUAUGGGGGGAACUUGUGUAGAAGUAUAAAAGGCUCGAAUUAACUCUAGUUCUUGGAGCAACAACAACAACAACAACAACCCAGUUGGAUCCCACAAUAGUAGGGUCUGGGGAGGGUGUGUGUACGCAGACCUUGCCCCUACUCGGAAGUAGGGAGGCUGUUUCCAAGAGACUUCUUGGAGCAAUGACAUCAAAAUACCGUUCUUAUCGUUGCUCAUAAUGGGCAUAAUCUGCCCCAAUUUACGGAGUAUAAUCUUAACAGUUCUAUUGAGAGUAUCAUUUUUGAAUUUAAAAUUGGUGGCUCCUAUCUUCUCUAACCCCAUCCCCUUGAUUGUCGAUUUGACAUUGCCAAUUUAAAGCUGGUGGCUCCUCUCCUCUAGUCCUAUCCCC